AUGACGACGCCGAUCAUCGCGGGCGCGUCCGUGGCGGCGCUCGCGCUGACCGGCCGGGCCGCUAUCCUGUCGUUCGAGGCGUGGAGGAAAGCCCCUCCUCGCAUGCGGAAAUUUUACGACGGCGGGUUCGAGCCGGAGAUGACGAAACGCGAGGCGGCGUUGAUCCUGGGCGUGCGCGAGUCCGCGGCGAAGGACAAGGUUCUCGCGGCGCACCGGAAGGUGAUGAUCGCGAACCACCCGGACGCUGGAGGGUCGGACUAUAUCGCGACCAAGAUCAACGAGGCAAAGGCGAAAUUGCUGAAGAAGGGCGGGUCCGGCGCGCCGUUCUGA